AUGGCUGCGGAAAACACACAGGUUGCAUGGAUUGGACUGGGAAAGCUGGGUGUGGCUUUGUGUAAGAACCUUGCAGAAAAAUCUGCCUUGUCCAAGCCGAUCACCAUAUUCGAUAUAGUCGAAACCACGAUGAAAGAAGCCUCUCAGAAGAUAGCUCCGGGAAAGACGACCAGUGCCAGCUCCAUUGUCAAUGCCGUAGCAAGUGCCGAUAUCAUCUUCUACUGCCUACCCAGUGAUGAGGCUGUCAUGAUAGUCAUCGCCGAGGUGCUGAAAACUAACGUCAAAGGAAAAGUGAUUGUUGAUUGCAGCACCGUACACCCAGACACAAGUACGAAAGAAACAGAACUCGUCAGUACAGAAGGGGCACAGUUCGUGGCAUGCCCUGUCUUCGGCAGUCCCCUUAUGGCAGAGGCCUCUCAGUGCAACAUGGCUAUUGCUGGAAGCACAGAGGCGGUUGACAUGGUCAAACCCUACUGCACCGGUGUAAUGGCGAAGGCGGUGAUUGAUUUCUCUGGUCAAUCUCCUAGCAAGGCUUCAUUGAUGAAGAUCAUUGGUAACACAUUCGUUCUCAAUGCGGCCGUAUUGCUCUCGGAAGGACUUGUCCUGGCCGAAAAGUCUGGACUGGGCGCAAAGCAGUUGCAACAAUUUCUCACAGCCUUAUUUCCUGGGGCAAAUCCAUUCAGGGCAUACUCGGAAGCAAUGGUCAGUGGAAAUUACCAUUGGCGUGAGAAACACAAGCUCCUUGGAGCGGUCAAGCUUGCCAGAAAGGACUCUUCAUACGCACAGGCCCUUGCCGCUCAAUGUGAUAUGGAGCUCAAAACUGUUGGAGUGCUACAGCAAUAUGUUGACAAGUUGAUUGCAGAAAAGGGUCUGGACAGUGAGAUUGCCGCCAUGUACGGAAUUGCGCGUGAAGCUGCAGGAUUACCAUUCGAGAACUAA